AUGAGAGCCUUGCUAUCUCGACCUCCAUACAGAUCCUAUCAACAUUUGAAUAUUAACUGGUACGCAACCAGUUUUUAUAUUAAUGACAACGUUGCAUCAGCAUAUACAUCUUACGAGGCUUCUGCAAUCUGA